AUGCCUGCAGCUGCGUCUAGUGCUGCUGCUAGUUUUGAGGCGCCUCAAACUGCGUCUUGUGCUGCUGCUAGGGAGCACGCUGGGUGGAGUAUCGAAGAGGAAGCUGAGAAGGGAAUGGGGAAGGAAGGCGAGGAGGGAAGGUGCAUGAACAAGGAAGAAUUCAUAAAGCAGGGGGCUGAGGAGGGGAAGGGGAAGGAAGGGGAGGAGGAUGGGUGGAUGAAAGGGGAGGAAGCUGAGGAGGGUGGGAAAGAAGGGGGAAGCAAAAAGGACGAAGGCAAGGAGGCGGAGGAGGAGGGAGAGGAAGAUGAAGAGGAGGAAGAUGAGGCAUUGCUGUUGGAGCAGUGGAAAGCACAGGUGCUCAGGAUGACUGCAGCGUUGAGUGUUGGAGAGGGAGGGGGAGGAGAGGGAGGAGAGGGAGGAGAAGCACCAGCAGCACUGGCACCUGAGGAUUCACCUGACGCAGCAGUGGGGCCUGGUCUGGGGUUCUAUGGGGCACUUGAGAAAAAGCCUGGCGCAGCUUCUUCAGCCAAUAAUGUAUCUCUCUGCCGUUUUUCAUCAGCCGCAGCUGCAGCAGCAGAUGCAAUGGAGGAGGGGGCAGCGGCGGCUUUAGAGGCAGCUCUUGCUGACGUGGAAGCAGCAGCAGCAGAAGGAGAAUUUGCUUACACAGGUGCAUAUUCAGGUUCUGGAAACGUGGCAGGUGGUUUGACAAGAGCAGGUUUGGCAAACGUGGCAGGUGGUUUGGAAAGCAUAGCUGGAGCCGGAGCUGCCAAUCCGAACCUACACCCGGAGCAGGAGGAUGGGGAGGAGUGGGGAGGCGCUACUGAGAAGUUUCAGAGGAUGGGGCUGGCUCGAAUGGCCAAGCCCUUGUUUAAAGCUGGGAGGCCGGGUCGAAUUGAUGAGCAGAGCAGUGCUUGUAACGAGGAUGCUUAUAUGGAGAGGGCUUAUGGUGGUCGACAGAGCUUCGACGGUUCGGGUGAUUCUGGUGCGAUAUCAAGUGGUGCAGAGGAUUCCGGUCGUGCUUUAGGAAGUGCUGCUCCUCCCCCUGCCUCUGCCUUCGGCCCUCCUCAUCUUGCCUUCGGCCCUUCUACUCCUGUUGCCGGCUUUCCCAGCGCUCCUGGGUUGGGUGCUCCUGGGUUGGGGGGUGCGCCGCUGUUGGGGGGUGCUCCCCUGUUGGAGGGUGCACCUGUGUUGAGAGGCGCUCCUUCCUUCCCGGCUUUUGGUCCCGGAAAUGGUUUUGGUGGGAAGGCUGGUUUUGGUGGUGGUUUUGGUGCUGGCGGUGGUUUUGGUGCUGGUGGUGGUUUUGGUGCUGGCGGUGGUUUCGGUGCUGGUGGUGGUUUAGCCAGGGGUAUUGCCUCUCACACACCUGGCUCCAACCCCUUCGCCUCUGCAGCUCUUAACAUCGCGGCUGUAGCAGCAGGUCGCCCCCCCCCUAAACACACUCCCAAUCCUCCUCACCUUGCCACCCUCCCGCCCGCCUCCCCUGCCGAUGUUGCUGCUGAUUCUUCUGCAGCGGCGGCGGCUGCAGCUGCUUUUGCUGCUGCAAAACCUGGUGGUAGGGGUGGUGCGGCAAACGGUGGUGGGUACGGACGGAAUGGUCUCUGA